AAUACAUAUACACGAGUUUUCUUCCAAUGAUCAUAUUUUCGCAUUCCCCCACACACAUAAAAGAACCGUUUGAAUUUUGUUGUUGUGCAUUGAUCGGAAUAGAGAGACAUGGGUCGGGUGAAACUAGAGAUAAAGCGAAUAGAGAACAACACGAAUCGCCAAGUUACGUUCUCUAAACGACGAAAUGGUUUGAUAAAGAAAGCUUAUGAAUUGUCUAUUCUUUGCGACAUUGAUAUUGCUCUCCUCAUGUUUUCUCCUUCUGAUCGUCUUAGCCUCUUUUCCGGCAAAACAAGGGUUGAAGAUGUUUUCACAAGAUUUAUCAAUCUUCCUGACCAAGAACGAGAGAAUGCUCUAACAUUUACCGAUCAGAGCCGUCGCCCAGAUUUCCAAAGCAAAGAGUAUCUACUGCGGACUUUGCAGCAACUCAAGACCGAGAAUGACAUUGCUCUUCAACUCACCAACCCUUCAGCUAUCAACUCGGACGUCCAGGAGCUUGAGCAAGAAGUUUAUAGACUACAACAACAACUGCAUAUGGCAGAGAAAGAACUAAGGAAGUACGAACCAGAUCCAAGCAGGUUUACAACAAUGGAAGAGUACGAAGCCUGUGAGAAGAAGCUCAUUGAGACCUUAACACAUGUGACUCAACGACGGGAACAUAUAUUGAGUGACCAGUUAUCUUCAUACGAAACAUCGGCUAUGCAACACCAAAACAUGGGUGGACCUUUUGUAAAUGACGUCGCUGGAGGCUGGUUGGCUGAAAAUGGGCCUAUUCAAACCCAAUUAUUCGACGCAUCAGCCAAUUCAGCUAUUUAUGAAACGUUGUUGCAAGGAAGUAGCUCAAGCUCGAACCAAAACAACAACAUGAGUGAAUGUAACGUGACAAAUCAUAAUGGUGACAUGUUCCAAGAAUGGGCCCAAGCUUAUACUUCUACUACGGGCCUCAAUCCUUCGGCCUUGUUUCCCCCUAUCCAGCAUCAGCAUGGAUUGGUGGAUCCCAAUAUAAAGGAAAGUGAAAUACCGGUUAUAACGAGGGAGGCACAAGCAGACCACGAAGUCUCCGACUAUGAUAUCAGAAUGCCGCAGCUCAGUAGCCAAUAAUCUCCAAGAGAUUUCAAUUUACCAAUAAAUUAUUUACG